AUGACUUCAGUGGAGAAGAUUGAGGAGCAGCUCGCUAGCCUGCGCAUAGCGAAACGCUCUGCGCUGAGUGAGGAGCCUGCUUACCUGCUGGAUAUAGACGUUUCCAGACCUGCUCAAUCGGAAAGCAGCCGCUUUGUGGCAGUUUCAUGUUCCAAUAAGUCGGUCAGGGUGUAUAACAGGGAAACGUUAAACUUGCUGCGGGAGUACAGUAGCCAUCCUGGAACACUUCACGGAGUCAGAUUUGCACACGCGUGUGACAGCGUAGUGUUUUCCGCGUGCAGCAACGGUACAGUAAAAUGUUGGGAUGUUCGUUUAGCAACUCAGAAAGCUGUGCAGGUAUUUAGUGGCUAUCCUGCCAACGUUUUCAUUGCUUUUGACAUCAACUGCACUGAUCUCAUAAUUUGUGCUGGAACAGAAAAAGUUGAAAAGGACGCAUUUCUGGUGUUUUGGGAUGCAAGAGGCGUUACAAACUGUGCCGGUGCAACUAAAGAGCCCUUGGGAGUUUAUUCUGAAAGUCACAACGAUGAUAUCACUAAAAUUUGUUUUCAUCCUAGCAAACGCAAUUUGAUAGUUUCUGGGUCAACUGAUGGAUUGGUUAAUGUGUUCGACAUUAACAAGGAUAAUGAAGAUGAUGCUUUGAUAUCAACUUGCAAUUCAGAUUCAUCAGUGAGUUUUAUUGGCUGGUCUGGGAAGGAUUACAAACAGGUCUACUGUGUGACACACGAUGAGGGAUUUUGUUGGUGGGACAUUGCUCAGUUAGAUACCGAGGAAUCAAUUACACUGUUGCGUGUUCUGGAUGUCAGAGACUCGGUCUGCGUUGAAAACGAUGGCUUGAAUUACCUGAUAGGUGGCUUGUACCACGAGAAGGCAGACAAGCUCUUUCUCCUCGGGGGAACAUCUGCAGGAAACAUUCACCUCGUGAGCUGCAGCACCGACGGCCUGAGCCCGGUGGGAACCCUUCGUGGAGGACACUCCACCACCGUCCGCUCCUUCUGCUGGAACCUGGCGGAUGAGUCUCUGCUGACGGGUGGAGAGGAUGCUCAGCUGUUGCUAUGGAAACCCAGAGCUGUAGAAAGUUCCCUUGGAAAGAAAGCCUCUAUGAAGAUGGCUUCUUCGGUGCAGAAGAGAGUAAGAGUUCACAACACCAGCUCCCUCAAAAGCAGGAGAAAGUGA